AGUUCAUCCGAACAUCAAUAAUAAUUUCAUGCUGCGACUACACAGCAUCCACAAAUAGAAAUAAUGAGGAUGCGUGUGCAUCUGCAUCUGCCUCUGCCUCUGCCUGAGUCUCCUUUAUUGAGUCCUCUUAGGCGAUGCUAUAACACUCCUCAAUGUCAAGCCGUACGCUUAUGUCGGCGGACACUAUCCGGAUCUUAUCCCAGAGCAUAUAGCUCUGAAGCGCGGCCACAAUUAUGCAUGCGCGAACGAUCUUAUCCUCUGCGGAAAUACUACAGUAGCCAUGUUUCGCCAAAUACACCAACUGGAAGGUCUGCGGAAGUCACAUCAGAAGACAAAAAUGGAGAAGAAUGGAAGGAAUCCAGUGUCGCAGUACUUGGCGGGGGAAUUACGGGUCUCGCAACAGCGUACUAUCUCACUCAAAUGGCACCGCACUUGAAAGUUACAUUAUACGAGGGCAGUGAGAGAUUAGGAGGCUGGCUACGAACAAAACGUAUUGAUGUGGGAGAUGGUGAAGUCGUCUUCGAACAAGGCCCGAGGACUUUGAGACCGAACACGCCUGCAGGAUUUGUCACCUUAAACUUGGUAAGAUCAUGUUUCAAGCUUUUGUUUCCAGUCAACCUAAUUAAAUUCAUAGAUUAGAGAUCUUGGUCUGACUGAACAAGUGAUUAAAACUGGCAAAACGUCUGCUGCUGCCUUGAAUCGCUUCAUCUAUUAUCCGGAUCGCCUUGUGUGCAUGCCCGAGCCCAGCCAAGGGAUUUACGCUAUUGCGUGGAAGCUGUUAACGGAACCAGUUUUUAAAGGGUUCUUCAAAAUGCCGUUCGAAUAUAAAAGACCGCGAAGACCAAGAGAAUUAGAUGAUGAAUCUGUGGGAUCGUUCCUGGCCAGAAGAACAGGGAGCACAGAUAUUCCAAACAAUUUGGUGUCGGCCGUAUUUCAUGGUAUCUAUGCCGGUGAUAUCUACAAGUUGAGUGCGAAGAGUAUAACCCCUGCACAGUGGGGAAUGGAAGGCGCAUAUGGAAGUAUCACUGCAGGAAUAUCUCAAAUGGGAAAAUUUCAGAAUGCGAUACCCGAAGAUGUGGACAUGGAGAAAGAAGAAAAGAGUCUUUUCACGGACAAUGAGAGGGCAAUUGUAGAAGGUACAAGUGUAUAUACAUUCCGUAGAGGAAUCGGUACGCUUUCUGAAACACUAGAGUCUUCUUUGCGGAGCAACCCUAAUGUCGAAAUCAAGCUGGGUGAGAAUGUCGGAAAAAUAGAGUAUGAUGAUCAAAAAGAAGGUAUUAAGGUAUAUAUGUGUACCACUCCCUUUUUUGAAAUAACUACUAAAUUACCUAGAUCUACACAACUCAGACCGGUAAACCACCUACUUCCCACUCUUACGUUAUCUCCACCUUGUCAGGUCGCACUCUCUCUACCUUAACCACAGCUUCAGAUGACUCUUUCCUUCCUUCACUCACGGAAAUGGAGGCCGUGACGGUCAUGGUCGUGAAUCUUUAUUACCGCGAUGAAGACCUUCUCCCCGAACGUGGCUUUGGAUAUCUAAUCCCACGGUCCAUUCCUUACGAUCAAAAUCCUGAAUUUGCUCUUGGUGUGGUGUUUGAUUCAGACGCAACAGUUGGUCAGGAUACUGUUCCAGGUACCAAAGUUACCGUUAUGUUGGGUGGCCAUUGGUGGGACGACUUUGAAACAUAUCCCGAUGAGGAAGAGGGUAUUUCUAUGGCAAAGGCCGUCCUCCAACGACACCUGAAAAUUGACCAAGAUCCGGAAAUGGCACACGCAUCUUUGCAGAAAGACUGCAUUCCCCAAUAUACUGUGGGUCAUGAAAAAAGGCUCAAGCAAGCGCAUUAUGAGCUGUUGAGUGCAUACAAAGGAAGACUGGCAGUAGCUGGAAAUUCGUACACUGGAGUCGGGGUAAAUGAUUGCAUCAAGGCUGCCAAAGUCGUAGCAAGUGAUGUUGCACGCGGUAAUGACGUUACAGGAUUAGAGAGGUUCACCGAAUUAAAAUGGUGGGAAAAAUCGACUCAAUGAAAUGACUCCGACAAGAAUUUCAAGCAAUUGACGAAACAAUAUUAUGGAGUAAGUUGAGACGUGUCUUCUGCGUCUUCGUAGCUUGUAGCUACAUGAAGCGUUUACUAGAUUAGAAGAAAACAAAAGAGUAAAAUCAUGAUUAUACUCCUGCAAUU